AUGGAUGGUGGCGACGAUGUGGAGUCCCUGUUCGAGGGGAUGGAACUUUUUACGCCGUUGUCUCAGCUCCCCGAUAGCAGCGAUAACGCACCUGCAGUUUUGCCACCUUCGAAGGCGGCGGAGGCGACACUGAUCACGGCUCCACCGGCAGAGGUGUCGUCGGAGUCUAUGUCUGAGGCUUUGGACGAAAAUCUGUUUUCCGAUUUGACGAUAGUGAGUCCGGUCCAACACGUACCUGACGCAGUUACUCACCCAUCUCCGUUGUCUUCUUCCUCUUCCUCGGCGAUGAAUUAUGGCCGUCAGGUGUCACGGAGGAAGAAAAGAGCCGCCGGAUUAAGAAUCGGAUACGGUAGGCACGAAAUCAACGAAGAUGAAGAUGACUCUGUCAGUCUACAAUCGGCUGAUUCCGUCAGUCAGUUAUCGGAUUCCCUCAGUCAAUUAUCCGAUUCCGUCAAUCAAGUAUCGGAUUCCGUCGAUCAAGUUUCAAAUUCCGUCGAUCAAUUGUCUGAUUCCGUCGUUGAUCAGUCUGCUGUUGGUAGCUCGGGGAGGUUGGAGUUAGUCAAGGCUCAGAUCGAAGGGAAGCUAAACCGAGCUCGUUACUUGGCCGGUUCCGUUACUGCUGCUCGGAAGAAUGCCAUCAGGAAGAGAAGGCAAGCAUCCGAGAAUCUCAGAUCAUCUUCCACAACGCACGACGAGCUCGAGAAACAGCUUGAGGAAGCAAUUGAAGCUGAGGAUUUUGAUGCGGCCGAGAGGAUCAGCGAAAGCCUCGCGGCUGCGGAAAGAGAUAAGCUAGCUCUCAUGACAUUGCUCCGUCAAGCAGAAUCUGAUUGUGAUGCUAUUGAAUCCAAGAUGGAGGAAGUCCUCCUUUCUCAGAUCGCCGCUGAAGAAGAAUCCGCCUCUCUGCUUCGUGGAUCUUGCACGGAAGCUGAGAACGACGCUGAAUCAAUUCUGGAGAAUGCAGAAGCGUUUUGUUUAGAGGAAAUGGGGAAAUGGCAUUCAUGUUCUGAAGAUGUGGAGGUCAGAAAAGUUGAGCUUGAUAUAGAAUCAGUCAUAGUUGAUAACGUCCGUUUGUCACUGAAUGAUAGUCUUGAAGGAUCGGUUGAACAAGAGAUGAAAGAAAAGGAGAUGUUGAGUAAGAAGAAAGAACAAUUGUCAGAUGAACUUCAGGAGCUGCUUGCUCUGGUGAAGGUAAAGGAGAAGGAGAUUUAUGAGAACGAUUUCCAAAUAAAGGAAGUCGAGGAAAGGAUUAGUAAUGUGGUGUUUGGCUACAAGGAAUUGCAAGCAAGCAUGGAUAAAAUGCUUGACGAUGUACAAACGGGUCUCUCUCAGAUUGAUAUGGAAACUGAAGCUUUAUCAAGGAAAAAGAUAGAGGUGGAUGAGUUCGUGGCUUCUGAGAAGGAGAGAGGCGCCACACUCCGUGAACUUGUUAGUGUUUCAGCAGAUGAAGCAUGCCAAUAUGAGGAAGUUGUUACAUUGCGGAAAACACUGAUGGCAUAUGUGUCAAAAACUAGAGAAGAGAGAGCCAAGCUAGUAAAUGUGGAAGAGAAGCUUUCUGAGGAAGUCCAUAAGGUACAAGAGGAACUUUCCAGUACCCGAGAGUUACUAAAGGAGGGAUCUUCAAGAAAGUCCAUCAUCCAACAAAAUAUUACAUCUUUCAUGGACAAAAUCAUGUUCAUAGAGAAAAGGAUGCCUGAGCUCGAAGCAGAGAAGAAAGUGGCUGCCGCAACGAGAAAUUUCAAAGAAGCUGGAAGAAUAGCAGCAGAAUUGAAGUCCUUGAAUCUAGAAAAGGAAAAGAUACAGAUGGAAACAGGAAAAGCCAACACUGAGCUCGAGAAAGCAGAGCAAGAGAUUGAAGAAACCAUCAAGAAGCUACAAGAGUUAGAGAAGUUGAUUUUUUCGCAAGAAAAAGAAUUGGCUCUCAGUAGAUUCCAGAGGCUGAGGAUUGAGAGUGGCACUGCAAAAGCCGAGAGAUCAGCUGCUCUAGAGCUGAGCGAUCUGGAAGAAGCGAAUCUUCUACUAGAGGAAGCAAAGGAAGCAGAAUCCGAAGCAGAAAAGCUUAAACUCACUUGCGGUCUAAAAGAGGAAGACGAAGAAGAAGAAACAAAAUCUUGUGAAGUUUUUGUCUCGAUGGAACUUAUAGCCACCUUGGGUCUGAAAAAAUUACAAGAACUUGCAGACUCUGUUCCGUCUUAA